AUGAGUCCGUGUGCAUGGAAUGGCAUCUUUUGCAAUCAAGUGGGGAAUGUGAUCACAAUAGAUCUCACUGGGGCCAAUGUCGAAGGUACGUUCAACGAAUUCCCAUUCUCGUCUUUGCCUCAUCUCAUGCGUAUGGAGCUGAGUGAAAAUAAUCUCUCCGGCUACAUUCCGCCUCAAAUCGGUCUCUUGAGCAAUCUCACCGAUCUCGACCUCUCUAAGAAUUGGUUCUCGGGGAAAAUACCAUCGGAGAUCGAUUUUCCAAAGGUAGCUCAUCUCUUUCCUAAGUUGCACAUUUUGGACCUCUCGAACAACGGCUUCACUGGUCCUUUACCAGUCAAUUUGAUAGAGAAACUUCAAGGGAUGAUGAAUGGACAAAAUGGGCAAGGGCUGAAAGGCGAAUUGUACAUGAGGCAACCAGUUGCAAGGGGGUUCUAUGAAGAUUCCGUGAAUGUGACCAUGAAAGGAAACAAGGUUCUGCUAGUGAAGAUUUUGACCAUUUUCAUAGCCAUUGACUUAUCACUCAACUCUUUUCAUGGGGACAUCCCAAGUAUUAUUGGAAAUCUUUAUUAUCUCAAAGGGCUCAACCUUUCCCACAACCACCUUACGGGUUCUAUUCCAUCAACCCUUGGAAAUUUGACUCACCUUGAAUGGCUAGAUUUAUCUUCAAACAAGUUUAGUGGGAGGGUUCCUAGAGAACUCGGAGAUUUGUCAUUCCUAGGGUGUUUGAACCUCUCAAAGAACCAACUCACAGGCCGCAUACCUCAAGACAAACAACUGAGCACAUUCAUGAGCAACUCAUUUUGGGGAAACGUAGGCUUAUGUGGAACUCCAUUACAAAAAUGGUGCCCUGAUGAUGCUCCACCACCACGGUUGUUCUUCCAAGAUGAUAGUACAAGAGAACAUGGUAGUGGGUUUGAUGGAAAAGCAGUCGGGAUAGGCUACGCAUCCGGAAUCGUGAUUGGAAUUUCCAUAGCACACAUUUUAUGGGAAACUGGAAGACCUAAAUGGCUUAUGGGAAAAGUGAGAAGUACGGAGAGAAGAGCCAAAUUGAUGAAGAAGUCAAAGCGGAAGGCCAUCAAAUUUCAUGGAGACCGAUGA